AUGGCCAAAAUGGAGGACUUGAAAGGUCUGCCCAAGCGGUUGCUCCGGGAGCACAAGAAAGCCAAAGUCAUUUGUGACGGAGAUAUCUUGGGCAAAGAUGUGGUUGUCUUUGUCGGUUGCUGUGGCAGUGGAAAGUCAACAGUAUCAGCCUACGUCACAGAAAUGACCACCUUUCAGUUCAGUGGUGGAAAACUUGUUGCGGACAAGUCUGUCAGAGACUUCAUCAUCGGGAGUGGCACUGGAGAUGUGACGCGUGGCUUGGCAACAGAAGAGAUCCCUAACACGUCCCUCUACCUCGUUGAUUCAGCUGGGACCGGAGCAAGCUACAAUCGCGAGACAGGGGUGGAGCAGGAGAUCUUUGGGGCGAUCAGCCGCCAGGCCGUCCUGCAUGCAGCUCGGUCUGUGCGAUUGGUGCUUUUUCUGAGUGCCGAGCGCUGUUGUGUUCGCAACGAUCGUGGAAAGCAUGCAAUUCUAGACUUCAAUCACUUGGCUGCAAUGUUCCAAGAUGACGGCAGCAGCUACGAAUCUGUGGCAUUCAUCAUUACAUCAUCACCACAGGUUUUGAACAAGUCCACCGACACACUGGUGGUCGAUGCUCUGGAAGAGAUGGCCGGCAACCUGCUAAGGUUGACUGGCAAGCAGUGCGAUGAGGGCUUCGAGCUGGUCACCGCAGAGCCAACAACCGCCGCCACUGAUGGUGGACAGCGGCUGAUGGAGUAUUGCCAUACUUGCUUGGAGUCUGCACUUCAUGAGGUUCUGAAUGUGGAGGCGGACAGCGAUAUGGGCAGGUUGAAUGCCUUGAUUGACAGUGGCUGCACCAUAUUUCCGGUGAAUGUCUUAGAACAGGAGCAGCAGCACUGCCUGCAAAGAUGGCUCAAGCGCCUGCGGCCUAUCACAGACCCUGCGGUGACACUCAAAUGUCGACUGCCUGUGGUUUGUGAGAAUGAGUUGCAGAGAGCACUGCAGUUCAGGGUCAUCCAGAUCCUGGACAAGGUGAACAGCGAAGGCUCUGCAUGGGCGAAGCAGGAUGCAGAAUCUGGUGUUCAGCUUUUGGAAGAGCUGCCAAGUCUGAUUGAGAUCCUGACCACCUUGGAGGAAUAUGUGCUCCUUCCAGGACUUGGGGAGAACUUGCAGAAGCUGGCCACUGUAGUCUGCAAACAGAACCAGGAUUGUGUCAAGGAUUUGCAGGAGGGAGUGCGCAGAGGUUGCUCAGCUGCGCUGCAGCGUGGAUUCUGUGAGCUUGAAGAGAUGGACCGCUUUGCAGAAAUCUGCCCUACAUUGAAAGGCCAAGACUGGACUUCAAGCAGCGAUGCAAAGACAGUGUGCCUGACUUUGGUGCGGGAGCGUUUCGACUACCUUCUGCCCGGAGGCUUUGGGAACACAACAUCAUGGAAUGAACGUUUGGCUGAUGACAUCCGGAACUUGCUGGAGGUGACGGCGCUGUUGGGAGCAUCUGGCGGCUCAAAGCUUCUGGCAGAGUGGGCAGAGCAACUGUCAAGCUUGGUGAGGACUCUGGAGGACAGCAUCUCAACACACCAGGGAGCGCAGGUGGCAAUCUCAGCACUUUCUCGACUUAGUGAACUCCAAGAGUUUUUGGGGGGAGUUGUUGCUACAUUUCGGGAGAAGGGAAUCCACAGCCUUCCGGACCUGAACGCCAAGUUUGACGACACGAAGAAGAAGCUUAGAGCUCAGGUGGCGGAGCUCUCUGAAAGUGCUGUUGGAGCGCGACAGUUGGACAUGAACGCAGAUGGUUGGAGGACCUUGCGGCAGUUCUGCGGAUCGACUGAGCUGGAGCAUCUCCUUGGCGAGCAGAACCUGGAGGAGACCUUCAUAGUCACGCCGCUCACAUCGACCCUCACACAGAAGCAGCUGGAUGAGGUGGUGGAACGCAUGGCAACCGGCCUCGAUGAUGAUGAAUGGGAGGCCGACCUGCGAGAUCACAUGCACACCUUGCAAGGUUGGGGGCACGUUGGGUCACAGCGCAUCUUGGAGGCUGCAAGGCUAAACCUGGAUGGUAUAGUCAGCAAAUUGCAGGAGAAGGUGAAGGCACAGCAUGAGCCUUUGCUGGAAGUGGUAUCCUUCUUGAAGGAUGUGGCGAUCCCGCACAGUUGCACCGAAGAGUUGAAGAAGCUGGAGAAGCUCUUCGAGUUUGAUUGGUUGAUCCAACACUUUGGCAAGAAGAGCGACACCGUCCGCAGGACUCUCGAUUUGGCCUCCUCAAAACUGAGACAGAGGCUUGAGAGGUUGCUGGAGGCUGCAGAAGGUGAGAAGGAGAAGACGUUCAAUGAAUUCGACAUGGUCAGGGAGGAGAAGUGCUUCCGACUUCUGGUUGGGCUCCAGCAUGCUAGUGGUCUUGCAAACAAGGUUGUCAAGAUCUUGCACUCAAACGAGGCUCUGAGAACCGAAUUGCCAGACCGCACCAAAGGAUUGGUAGAAUGGGCUGAGAAGGCACAAAAGUUCGUGACGGAUGCUGUGAUGGUAGAGGUGAACCAAUGGUGGAGGACGAAGAUAGGCUCCCGUGGCUGGUGCAAGGAAUUCUUGGACCACGUGGCCUCAUCUGACAAGUUGCAGCAAUUGCGGCCAGUUGCGCCCGAAAUCUCCCAAGCCAGGAAGAGGAUUGGGGAAGACAUUCGGAGCUGGCAUCGAGACUGCCUCGAGAAGGCCAAGGAAGCAGCGGAGAACAACAACUGGCAGCACUUCGUAGAUUUCGCAGUCCGCCAGGCCCUUGCUUUUGAGGUUCACGACCUUGCGAGGAAGCUUGGAGUGCGUGAAUCGUGUUGGCCGCUUGUGGAGAAGAAGGCCGAGGACUGGAAAUCCGAGGACGGCUGUAGUGCCAAUGGUGGCUGGCAUGCUAAUCGUGAGCGGCUCCAGACUUUGGUCGACUCGCUGACAAGUGUUCUACGCGAUGAGCCCCGUCUGGCCUUUGUUGCUGACCUCUCAAGGAUCGUGCAGAAGCUUGAUGAGAACCUUUCAGAAACCCAGAAGAAGUUCGAAAACUUCCUGUCUUCGGGCCGUUACUACGAUGCUGGCUGCCUGCUGCAGUCGGAGCUUCCUGAAGAUGUACAGCACCAGAGGUACAACCAGCGGGUCAUUCAGGCCUUGCAAGACUGCUGCAGCAAGUUGGAAAGGACUACUGAGGACGAAGAAGGAGCAGAACAAGCUAUCAGAAAUGCCACCGACCUCAAGGAGGAAUUCGCGCGCUUGCAGGAGCUCCAGCAAGAUGUCUUACAAUCCAGAACCAAGGACCUCUUGAAGAGGAUGGAUGCGCGAUUGCUUGAGCUGGAGGAUGUGAUUAAGAGGAAGUUGCAGUCUGGGCUUGGUGGAGGAUGGCGAUUUGCACCUCCACAGCAUUCAAGUCACCUUCGAAUGGCUGCCGCCUUCAACGGAACAAGCGCCCACGAGAUUGCCAAGGACAUCUUCACCAAAGACUUGACGUCUCUAGCCGAUAGAGCUAAAGACCUCGCUCUGCGAGAUAUGAGUGGCUUGCUUCGGAAGUUGCUCGAGAUGUGGCGCCAACUGGGUCCAGAUGUGCAGUCUCAGCUUGUGCAGAUCAUGCGCCAAUCUUUGGAAGAUGUCUGGCAACAUGUCCCUGGCAAGUGUGAAGCAGUCAGGGAGCAGUUCCGACAUCAAAAAGAGGCAAAGCAAUGGCAACGUGCCAAAGAGAGCUGCCAAGAGCUGCGAGAUAUCUGCACUGUUCUGAGAUCCUUGGAAGAAACCUCCACGCAUGUAGGCGUGCCAUUUGGAAUGACGCGGCACUUGCAGCUUCUGGUGAAGAAAUGCGGCUGCCCACCCCCGACUGACAGGGCACUCGAGAAAGCUGACUCUGGCGUGGGCUCUGGCGAGUUUGAGGCAGCGCUUGAGGUUUGGUGCUUGACGCAGUGUCAUGGAGCCCAGGAGCAGAGGCUCAUCGAAUCCAUUGUCCAGAAGAUCACGGACUGCGUCGAUGACUGCCUGGCCUCCGGCCAGCCAAGAGCUGGCAGAGAUAUGCACCAGCAGCUAUCAGCUCUUAAGAGGUUCUUGGAGGCUGUGGGUGAUGACCCUCCACCUGAAUUGGACCUUCUUUGCCAAGAUGCUCGACGCGUUCGCGAUGGUCACGCUCCUGGAGUAGAUCAGGCCCUUGCCGCCAAGGCUGAUCGCGUGGUUGAGGCUGCUCAGAGCACAGACUUAGACCAGCUGGUCGCCAGUUUGACGGAGUACAGGCCCGUUCAAGAGUUUGUAGCGCACGAGAAGUGCCAGGAAGUUGAGGCUGCGCUUGCUUCCUGCAAGCUCAAGAUUGCCGAGAGGCUGACGCUUGCCAAGCAAUAUGCGCGCGAGAGGAACAUAAGUGCCCUCAGGGCUGCUUUGCAGCCCAUCCAGAGGUGGAGGGAGGUUGUCGAUCGUCUUACCCAAAAUGACCAGCAGCUCUUGACCGAGAGCCUGCUGCAGAAUGGUUCACAAACUCUUUCUGAGUGGAUGCGCUUGACCGUGCUUGGGUCGGACCUGUUUGAGCAGCGUGACCUUGAAAGGUUGUGCAGAGAUGGAAAGUAUUCUGAGGUCUCAGACGUGUGCGAGCUUCGGGAUCUACUGGUCCAGGUGUUCGGAGCCCGUCGUGAAGAUUUAUCUGCCAUCACCCACCAUCUGGAAUGCCAGGCUAGCGAGGCCAUUCGGUUGCUUGGAGAGGGUAGCCUGGAGGAUUUUGGUCCUGCAUACAAGGCUUUGCGAGAUGCCGCUGCAGGCUUGCCUGAGCAUCUUGGAGUAGGGAAGUUUGUGCAGAAGGUUGAAAAGGCCCUGGACACUGGUAUGUUGGAGCCACAUGCAGUGGUUCUUUGCAACGCAAAAUCCUUACAGGAGGCUCAGGCAGCCACUCUGAAUCUCAGGAGGAUCGCGAUUGAAGUGCCGGAUGCCCAUGCGCAAGUGAAAGUCAAGCUGGCCAGGGGCUUCAAGGCUUUGCAGCAGUCGGUUCACUUCGGCAAUGAAGGGCUCAACUUGCUGUAUGCUGCGCUGCUGAAUGAUGACAUUGGGAAGAAAGUCAUCGGUGAGCAUCCCACUGUCUUCGCCGCUGGUGCAGACCGCGUGAGGAACCUUGCAUUCAGAAAGGCAGGCCAGAUGUCGACAUCAGAUAUCGUGACGCAACUAGACGGUGACGGUUUGAAUGAGGAGGAGAAAAGGGAUCUCACUUUGGCACUUGCGCAACACAGUGAUAAGAUGCAGGAGCUACAGGGGAGGUACCUCAUGCUUAGCAGCGUUGAGCAGAUGAAGGCCCAGGUCAAACACGACCUGAACCACGUGAUGCCGAGAGGCUCAGCGCCAACCUCCAACGAAACAGCCCGCAACUAUCUCACUCAUUUGGCUGCUGCCUACAUGGUGGUGAGGUCCGGUGAAGCUUACCUCGCAGCUUCUAUACAGGGCAAGAAGGAGGUCCUGGUGACACCGCACAGUGGCCAGAUGGUGACGCUUUUCCGCCUCCUUAGGGUUCACUCCUCUGGCAGCUGGUAUAGCCCAAUCCUCCACUUCUUUUCGCGCGUCAAGACCUCCAUGUCAGGCACAAUCCCGCCAAUCUGUGAGAAUCAUCUAGCCCAGAUACUGACAGGUGAAGGGAAGUGUCUGACCUUGGGCCUUUUGGCAGCCUUUUGCGCCCUCUCUGGGAUGGAAGUCGACGUGGUGUGCUACCAGCAUUACUUGGUGGAGCAGGACUGGAAGGCAAUGGCGCCUUUCUACGAGUUCUUGGGCAUCAGCGACAAAAUCCACUAUGCCACUUUCCAGGACAUCUGUGAGAACCGUCUCAGCUGCAUUCAGGACGCAUCAAAGGAGCUCCUUUCUCGUUCAAACACGUCUCGCGAGCCAACUCACAUCUCGCCGGAGAAGCGCGUCCUGCUGGUCGACGAGGCCGACGUUUUCUUUGGAAGGCGCUUUUAUGGUGAGACCUUUGAUGGAGUCUUCCGCCUGGACUCAAAGGAGGCGAAGGACCUCGUGAGAUUUAUAUACACUGAGUACAAGAACGGGAGGUCGCCAAAGAACAUCACGAAGACUGCGGAGUUCCAAGCCUUGGAGAACAGUUGCCCUGCUCAGCUGCAUACAGCCUUGCGCCAGAUCGCUUCAGCUCUGGUGGCCAACGUGCAGGACUUCAUGAAUCCUACGCCAGCUGUCAAGGACGGCAAGGUCGGGUACAAGCUGCAGGGAGAAGACACGUAUUCCAAGAGCUAUGCCAACAAGACUGUGUUUGCGUACUUGCACUUUGCCGAGGAAGGACGCAUCCCUGAAGACAGUGCUGAGGAACAUGUUGGCAUCGACGUGGUCUGUGGCCGAUUCAGUUUUGCAGACAUCCCAAAUCAAUACAGCUGCAUUCUAGGUGUCACGGGUACGUUGAGGGAGCUCUUCACUGUGCAUGGCAUCAAGCGGCCACUGGGUGCACAAGCAGAAGCGCUGUUCAAGAGUGGCGGCUAUGGAGUCAUGGUGGGCAACGCCUCCCAGCAACUUGUGGAGGCUUUGGAAGCUGCAGCAGAUGCGCCGCAGCUCAAGGGAUUGGUGAAGGACAAGCGGUUCAGGCACGAAGAAGGCACGGCCAUCCUCUACUCCAGAAGAGAGGCUGCUGCUGGCAUCAUGGAUGCGCUUGCAUUCUUCGACAAGGAGAUGCCAUAG